GCUCGGCCAUGCCCUUCGCCAAGAGGACGGUGGAGCCGCAGAGGCUGUGCCGGGCGGACGAGAGCCGGGGAGCCCCGGCGGAGCCCCGGGAGCCGGGGGCGGCGGGCGAGGAGGCGGCGGCGGCGGUGCUGAUGGUGCUGGACCUGUGCGCCGUCAGCAACGUGGCCCUGUCGCGGAUCCUCCGGCAGCUCUCCGACGUGGCCCGGCACGCCUGCACCCUCUUCCAGGAGGUCGAGGCUGACAUCCAGGGCACCCACCGCCGCGUCCGGGCGCUGCACGGCCGCAUCGCCGGCCUCCAGGGGGCCGUGCGCGGCCUCGACCCCAAGCAGGAGGCAGUGCCUGUCUCCAACCUGGAUGCAGAGAGCAAACUGAGCGUCUAUUACCGGGCACCUUGGCAUCAGCAAAGAAACAUUUUCCUCCCCUCCACCAGACCACCGUGUGUGGAGGAGCUGCACCACCACGCCAAGCAGCACCUGCGAGCCCCGCGCAGAGAACAUCGAAGCCGAGGUGAUAACAGAGAGCAAAAAGCCCCAGGGCCCAUCUCUGUGGUGGCUCCCCCCUUUCCUCCCUUCCCUGCAGUCUGCACUCAGAAGAGGCAAGCGAUAAAGAACCGGCACUUCCUACCAUUUAACAGCACCCGUUCGCCCUCCCCAGUUGAGUGUUGCCACAUGACCCCCUGGAGUAGAAAGUCCCAUCCACCAGAGGACGAAGAUACAGAUGUCAUGUUAGGGCAGAGGCCGAAAAAUCCAAUACAUAAUAUCCCUUCUACACUGGAUAAGCAAACCAAUUGGAGUAAAGCACUACCUCUCCCAACUCCAGAGGAGAAAAUGAAACAAGAUGCCCAAGUGAUUUCUUCUUGCAUUAUCCCCAUCAAUGUCACUGGAGUUGGUUUUGACAGAGAGGCUAGUAUACGCUGCUCUCUUGUUCAUUCACAAUCUGUACUACAGCGGAGACGAAAGUUGAGGAGGAGGAAAACCAUCUCUGGCAUCCCCAGAAGAGUGCAACAAGAAAUAGAUUCGGACGAGUCGCCAGUGGCGAGGGAGCGCAGCGUGAUUGUGCACGCCAACCCGGACUUCUCCAGCGCCGGCAGCCGGCGGUCAGGGACCAGGGACUCGGAGUGCCAGACAGAAGAAAUCCUGAUCGCGGCUCCCUCCCGGCGCCGCAUCCGUGCGCAGAGGGGGCAGAGCGUGGUCGCCUCCCUCUCGCACUCCGCCGGCAACAUUUUGGUGCUGGCGGACAACGGGGAUGCCGUCUUCGCUGCCGCCGUCAGCAACCGCAUCCGUUCGCGGAGCCUCCCUCGCGAGGGUGCAAGAGCCAGCGAGGGUGACCCGGCCGCCACCACCAAGAGUUCGGCGUAUGACGCAGAGCACUUCCUAGCCAGCCAGGAGAGGCUCCCAAAAAAGGGGAAGGAGAUCCUGAGCAAACAGGGUUCACAAGAGCACCAGCCCCUAGGUUUAACUUGCCCUCAGCACCUGCACAGCCCUGAGCACAGCAUUGGCGAGAGAGGGAGGUCGCGACUGUCAAGGAUGGCAGAUUCGGGAAGCUGCGAGAUUUCGUCCAACUCGGACACCUUUGGGAGCCCCAUUCACUCCAUCUCCACAGCAGGAGUCCUGCUCAGCAGCCACAUGGACCAGAAGGAUGACCACCAGUCCUCCAGCGGCAACUGGAGUGGGAGCAGCUCCACAUGUCCCUCUCAGACGUCCGAGACCAUUCCUCCUGCUGCCUCUCCGCCGCUGACGGGCUCCUCACACUGUGACUCCGAGCUGUCCCUCAACACCGCUCCCAAUGCCAACGAAGACUCGAGUGUCUUCAUCACAGAGCAGUUCAGUGACCACGUGGACAAGGUCAGAGGCCACAGGGCGAGCUCCUUCACCUCUACUGUGGCAGAUUUACUUGAUGACCCCAACAACAGCAACACGAGUGACAGCGAGUGGAACUACCUUCACCACCACCACGACGCCUCCUGUCGCCAGGACUUCAGCCCCGAGCGCCCCAAGGCCGACAGCCUGGGAUGCCCGAGCUUCACGAGCAUGGCCACGUACGACAGCUUCCUAGAGAAGACCCCCUCUGACAAGGCAGACACUAGCUCACACUUCUCCGUGGAUACUGAAGGAUACUAUACCUCCAUGCACUUUGACUGUGGUCUCAAGGGUAACAAGAGCUAUAUUUGCAACUAUGCAGCCGCAGGCUCCGAGAGCGGACAGACGGCGAGCGUGACCUCCAGCCUGGCCGACUGCGCCUGGCAGGAGUGUGUGAACCACAGGAGGCAGGGACGGCAGAGCAUCUCUCUGAAGAAACCAAAGGCAAAGCCAGCCCCACCAAAACGCAGCUCGUCUUUGAGGAAAUCUGAGGGCAGCAUGGAUCUUCCCGAGAAGAAAGAACCAAAGAUUAGCAGCGGGCAGCACGUGUCGCACACCGCCAGGGAAAUGAAGCUGCCGCUUGAGUUUUCCAACACGCCUUCCAUAGCGGAGGGCUCUAGCCUGCCACCCAAAUCCGAGCUGCCCUGGGCGAGCCAGAGCGACGGCGGCCUGAAGGACGCUCAGUUCGACGUGGCCGACAUGCCGUCCUUUAAAGACGAAGGUGCUGAACAACCUCACUAUGCAGACCUCUGGCUCCUGAACGACUUGAAAUCUAGUGAUCCUUACAGGUCUUUAUCUAAUUCGAGCACUGCUACGGGUACCACGGUCAUAGAGUGCAUCAAGUCGCCAGAGAGUUCCGAGUCCCAGACGUCGCAGUCCGGGUCACGGGCCACCACCCCAUCCCUCCCUUCUGUCGACAGCGAGUUUAAGCUGGCCUCGCCGGAGAAGCUGGCGGGACUGGCCUCACCCUCCAGCGGGUACUCGAGCCAGUCGGAAACACCAACCUCCUCCUUCCCGACCGCCUUCUUCUCUGGACCCUUGUCUCCGGGGGGCAGCAAGAGAAAGCCGAAAGUACCUGAGAGGAAGUCGUCGCUGCAACAGCCGCUCUCUAAAGACGGCACCAUGUCUGCAAGCAAAGACCUCGAACUCCCGAUUAUACCUCCAACCCAUCUCGACCUAAGUGCUCUUCACAGUGUCCUGAACAAACCGUUCGCUCACCGGCACCAGCUGCACGCCUUCAACCCCAGCAAGCAGAACACGGUGGGAGAAGCCCUCAGCCCCAGCCCGCCCUCUGCCCUCGCCAUCACGCCCUCCGUCCUCAAGUCCGUGCACCUCAGGGCCGUCAACAGGCCUGAAGAAGCGAAGCAGAAGGGCAGCACUCCCGACCUGCUCUGUGUCCGAGAGACUGCUCUGGUGGCAAACGAUGUUUCGCCGGGCAAAAUGCGGCCGCUCCUAACCAAGAAGCCAGUAUCACGGCAGUACUCCACUGAGGAGGCCAUCAUGUCGUACAUCGACUCUUCCCUGGCAGAAACUGGCCCUGGAAAACUGCCCUUAGAAAAGAGCUCCUCCUUCAGCGGGCAGAGUAAUUGUGAGCAAGAAACUCUAACUUCAGCAAGUGUGGCUCUGGUUGAAAUCAAACCCAUGAAGGACCAAGUGCCACUGGCUGCCGAGCGCUUGCCAGACAGCGCUCUAAAUCAGUCUUGUGCUGUUCCUACAGAAGGGUUUCAGAAAGGCUCGGCCAUGCCCACAGGUGAUUACGAAGCGGAGAAAGCUAACCGGGGAGCAGAAGUAGAUGGCUGCCCCAAGCGAGCGCAGGCUCAGCCGGAGCUCUCCGGUGGCGGUGGGCAGCAGCUGGAGCCUGGUACUGCGGCUGAAAGCCCCGCUCGGGCCCAGGGAGCAGAUGUCAGUGAUCAGCUUAAGCACCAACUCGAUUUAAGCCACCAUGUGCCUGGGAAUAUCAGCUUUGAAUCAGAGACGGCAGCGGUAAACUCGCUCGGUGAAGCGAGUUGCAAGCAGGAGAACGAGAUUGCAUCAGAUAUUCCUACCAAAAGUGCCUCCGAUGCCGGCAGGGCGGAUGAGACAGCGGGUGGCACAGAAGAGCCGUCGCUGAAAGAGUCUUCUCCAAGUGACGACUCCAUCGUGUCCCCACUGAGUGAAGACUCUCAGGCUGAAGCUGAGGACGUUUUCAUGUCUCCCAACAAACCUCGCACUACUGAGGACCUGUUUGCAGUCAUUCACAGAUCGAAAAGGAAAGUUCUUGGGAGAAAGGACUCCGGAGACCUGUCUGUCAGGAACAGAUUGAGAGCUUCCUCUGGGACAAGCAGCCAGCCGCCCGCCAGCAGUACGCUGCCCACCAGCAGCGCACCGCCCACCAGCAGCGCAGGUGCUCCCAUAAGCAGCCAGAGGUCCCCCGGGCUUAUAUACAGGAAUGCCAAGAAGUCCAACACAUCUAACGAGGAGUUUAAACUACUGCUUCUUAAAAAGGGCAGUCGGUCUGAUUCUAGCUACAGGAUGUCCGCCACAGAAAUUCUGAAGAGUCCAAUUCUGCCCAAGUCACCCGGAGAGCUGACAGCGGAUGCUCCCCAAAGCCUGGACGAGUCUCCCCCGGUGGCGAGUCCCGAUGCGCUGUCCCCCUGCUCCCCGAGGGUCAAUGCAGAAGGAUUCUCCUCCAAGAGCCUUCCCAUGUCGGCGUCUUCGCGAGUGGGGCGCUCCCGGGCGCCACCGGCAGCCAGCAGCAGCCGGUACAGCGUGCGCUGCAGGCUGUACAACACGCCCAUGCAGGCCAUCUCGGAGGGAGAGACCGAGAACUCGGAUGGCAGCCCCCAUGAUGACCGGUCUUCUCAGAGCUCAACAUAGGUUGCCAGGGACUGCGGACACCACGUGGGUUGUGUAAGGAUGUGAAUAUAAGAGGCCAACGCUGUAGCAGUCAAAGAAAUAAUAAUAAUAAUAAUUGCAGGGCAAUAUCGAUGCUUAAAUGUGUUUGUGUUCGUCAGAUGCUGGGGAAACAGGACUACAGCUGUAGCUAUUUAUUACUCUACAUUUUAUAAAAGUAGAAAGAUAUGCUACGUCUAUUCUGUUUUCUUUUAGCUUCAUUUCAUUUAUCCCACUCUCAUUUCUGUUGUCACUGUAGAUUUCAAGGCUAUACACUUUUCGUAGAGUUCAAAGAGACUUUUUGUGUUGUUUUUUUUUUUUUUUUUUCCCAGAAGUUGCCCAUCUAGAAACAAAUCCCUCACUGUAGUGCUUCCCUAGGGAGAAAAAUAAAAAAGCAAAUGCUCUUGAGGAUUGGUAUU